UUGUAUGGGUAUUUUCAAUUGUGCUAAUAGAACGACCAGACAGCGCGAGAGACACUCAAAUCGUAUACCGUUUGUCAUGUGUGCUUGCCUCGUUUGUGUUGUGUAUUAGAAAAACUUAUGUCCACAUAGCACCGGUCUCGGUCAGAUUCCGAUUUACUAAAUUAGUGGCCAAGAGCAGUCGAACAAAGUGUUAGGAAUCGAAACGUUCUUGAUAAGUAGGAUAGCACUGAUGUCAUAAUCAAACACACGGUUACUUCCGCUUUAUCUUCCUCAAAGUAUUGUUACGGGGUCAGUCUAAAAAGUCCCAUAUCAACUCAAGGUCCUACUGCGUCAAACUAAAAGCAUUUGAAUUAAGUGGAAGGAAGAGACCUCUCGUAUGCCCUCCAAAAGUGAAUAUUCAUUGAACGGGACAUUAUCGUAGGUUCACUUACCCAAAUCCCCCUUUGCCCAAAAGCAGAGGUCAAAGACAUCGGAAGGCCUUGAGCCAAAGAGGGAAUACACGAAAAUAAGAUUCAUACAUGCGACUGCCGAGAAGGAAAAAAAACUCUAAAGAGAGAUAGACACGGUCACUAGACAAGACAUAGACAACCGAAAAAAGUGCUCAGCAUUUUUUUGUGAAUCGGUUCUUACGCGUAAGACGCAGAACGUUGUUUUGAGAGACACAGAAAACGCGCUUGGCGCUAGAAGUGUGUUUGUGAUUUCUUGACUUGUGUGGUUGGUGGAUAACCUCGUACGCCACAGGAACAGCUAGACAGUUUUGUUAACCGUGAAGGGCUUCCAUAAUUAGUGAGAAUGAUCGAAGAAGAAGGCGAGCAGCGGACGGCUAGGUCCCCAGACUCGGAACCAGUAGCAACAACCACCACAUCAGCAUCUGAAAAUGGUCCUGAAACUAGUGAUCAAACAACAUCAGCGACCCCCUCCCAGAGGUUCUUUUCCAAGGUUCCGAUUUUUAUCGUCGAGGACCAUCACGAUGUGCUAACGUUCCUGUACCGAUGCCUAGGUUCCCGGCAUCUGCCUCUCCGAGGCAACAAAAUCAUCCACUUCGAUUCGCAUCCGGAUAUGUGCAUCCCCAAGCACAUGCCUGCAUCCUACGUAUUCAACAAAGAAGACCUGCUGGACAGCAUCAGCAUCGAGAACUGGCUGAUGCCGACAGUUUUCGCUGGCCAUGUGGAGCGGAUCGUAUGGAUCAAACCGGAGUGGUCCGACCAGAUGCCCAAGGGAAAAUUCCAAUUCAACGUAGGCGAGUACGAAGGCGGAAUCCGCACCGACUCCACACUAGAGUAUUUUGUAUCCGACGGUUGCUACCAGGCGGAGGAAAAUCUAGAGAACAAAAAGCCCCUGAAGCUGCAGGUCUGCUCGAUCGACGAGUACAAAGCAGAGGACGACGCCGAAGACCUCAAGGACGGUUACAUACUGGACAUUGAUUUGGACUACUUCAGCACCCACAAUCCGUUCCUGAAGAUUUACGAAAAAGUUAGCCUGUACGAAAAGCUGAAGGAAAUAUUUAUUUCCCCUGAGCUGGCCGACAACACCGAAAACGAUCUGGAGAAGCUACAGCGAAUCGCAAAGAAUAGGGAAGAGAAGUUGGAAUUCUUGGAGUCCAUAUUUCUGUACCUGGAAGAGGUUGGCAACUUGAAGCACUUCUCAGUGGAUUACCAACAGGAGAUUAGCGAAGAAUACACGGAGCUUUUGGCAAAGGUUUCCGCAGUUGUGACUCUGUUAAAGAAGGAGUAUGCCGAAGAAGAGAUAGAUUGGUCCAUGAUCUACGAUGCGGGCUGCACCUGUGACAUCACCGAUCUUCCCCACCACGAAUCGACGCGGGAGGAAAUUCAGGACCUUAUCUCGCAUCUGGAACGAUUCCUAAGUCGACUCCAAACGUCGCCAACAAUCGUCACGAUUUCCCGAUCGAGCCAGGACGAUUACACUCCGGCCGAUCAGGUUGAGAUGAUUCAGGAACUGGUGCUGGCAAGUUUGCGAAAGUGCCUCCGAAAUACCGAACUCGAUGAACCCAUUCUGUACUAUAAAGACCAAGAGUUCAAAUUGUAGACCCUAGUUCCGGGGACAUAAAUUUGCAUGUGUAAAUUAACGAAAUCCGUACGUACCAACUUCCUUAAGCAUAGGCUACUAACAGUAGGGACCCCCUCUUGAUGAUAACUACCAGUGUACCGUUACUUUAUUGAUACACUUAUAAGGUUGAAACCGUUAUGCUAACGUUAGUGAAUAUUUAAACUGCUUAAAGAAAUAACUACCUAGAAUAGGACAUAAAAACCACCAAAAUAAAUUAAGCUAAACAAA